GGAAUGACAACGCUGGCUUGCUACGCCAAUACGACCGCCUGUCGCAAGCGCGAUUGGGCGGCGUGUGGCUACGGCUGGCUUGCGACAGCCCCCGUCGGCGUCUUUUGGCUCGUCUGGCUCGUCUACGGUCUCCGGUGCCUUCAACGACACAAGGCGACCAACAGCUGGUUUGACGUAGACAAGAUCCACGACCCGGUCGCACAAGGCAUGGCCGUCGCGCUCUCUCAGCGCCGGUCGGCGUCCCUUCGUCGGUCCCAUUUGCAGCGCUAUAUGAAGUUUUGCGCCAUGUCGUCCGAGUGGCUCGCGUUCUCGUAUACGCCGCUCGUGAUCACGUUCAAAGUGGCCGGCGUCUCGAGCGACGCCAAUGUCUUAUUCUUGCUCAACGUGCCGAGCGAGCUCAUCAACGUCGUUAGCACCUUGGUGUGGGGAUGCCUCCUCCUCGGCCUGCACGUGUGGAAGGCAUGGAGUCGCCGCCGCUCGCCGCUCAUCCUCCGGUUCAUUCAUCCGCUGACGUUUGAUGUGUUUUACAUUCCGCUCAUUUCAACGCUCGGGCGGCUCGGGUCGUGCCCCGAAGGCUUCGAUCACAUCGUGCUGCCUGGUGGCGCCACGUGUGAGUGCGUGGAUCGAAUGGGACUCUUUUGGGCCCUCGGCUUGUCUGGCUUUGUGAUCUUGUACGCGAGCGCGCUCUACUUCAAAAUGCACGUCGAGCCUCUCGCCCGCACGACGGUGUUUCGGUUCCAGACAAAUUUUCAGAUCAUUAUGGUCAUGGCGCGGACGCUGAACCCGAUCAUGUCGAUGCUCGUGAGCGAUUUGGAUGCGGUCGCACACCCUGUGAUUGCGCUCGCGCUGACGCUCGGCUUCUUCUUUUGCGUCGCGUUCUUACUCUAUUACGUCUACACGACCCAGCCCUGCAUUGGGAGCGGCCGACUGCCCAACAACAUUCGUGCUGUUACGUUCUCGAGCUCGUGCUACACGUCUCUGUGUGCGCUCGGGUUCCUACUCGCAGACAAAAGCAUCACAAGCCUCUACUACUCGCUCGCGCCGCUCCCACUCGUGUGGGUUCUAGCGUGGCACCUCAACGAGCGCCGCGCACGCCUCUUCCACGUCCCCAACUUGCCGAUUUGGGAUCUGCUUCUCGAGCGCUCUGUGCGGUCCAAGACUGUCGGGACGAUUGCAGCACUGUACGUAGACGCCAUCAACUUGCCAGCGUCGUCCUUUGAGGGCAUUAUCGCGCAACUGGAAAAGAUCGUCAAGCGAUCGGCGCCGGACGAGCUUCCGUGUCGCGCGUACGCGCUCCGCGCACUCUGGUUCUGCCACGUCAAGGGAUUUUGCCUGCAAAAAGGCACCGUGGGCCAGCAGGAUGACAGCGCAAUGGUGCCGUUCAAGCUCUGGUACAAGGACCGCGAAGCAGGUGCUAGCUCACACACGCUACUGCAGAAGCAAACCAAGGUGCACCGCAUCACCCAGCUCGAAGAUGUGGCACCGCAUACGACCAUGAUGUGGACUCCGCCAUUGGAGCCGCGUGCAGGCUGGCGCCGCGUGGUGUUCUUCCUUCUCGACGUCUCAGCCCAGUCGCUCCAGUCUCGGACACGGACGCGGACGCGGAUGAGUAUCCAAAUGCUGUCCGCUGCAACCAACUACGCGCUGGUGCGACUGCGAGAAAAGCACUGGAUCGUCAAAGUCGAGACGUCGGACGCCGCUGUCUUUAGCUGCACAACACUCUACAAUAGCGCGCUCGAGGUCCUCGCGCAGAGCUGUGCGAUGGGCGACGUCACGGCGAUGCAGUCGACCGCCGUCUUUCUCCUCCAGUGGUACAAGGCCAAGUACCUUCGCCUGAGCAAGCUCGUGUACCUUCACGUGCUCACGACGAUCGUCGCGACGUCCGACGCGCGCCUUGUGACGCACGCAGCGCUCACGCUGUACCGGCUCGUGCUCGACAACGUGCUGCCGCUCGACCUCUGGCGCCAGAACACGACGCACUUGAACUUCUUUAUUUCGGCGCUGGGGCACGCAGCUGCCUCGACCGUCUUGCGCUGUGCGACAGUGCUCAACCUCGUGUUUCAAGCCGCCGCGGACGACCCGCGCACCAACCUCUUUUUGCUCGUGACGCCUGCGUCACGGGCCACGAUCCACGCCGCCUUGCACCGCUGGCACCACGUGUACGACGUGAGCGUCCUCCUCGAAGAUCUUUGCAUUCGCCUCUACAACCUCGAGGUGGCCCACCAGACAAAGCGCAAGCCGUCGCCAAUCAAACGGUCGCGCAAGACGUCGUUCAACAACGUCUUGCAGUGGUUUGGCGCGCGCAAGCGCUCCAUCACCAACGCCAUGGUGGACCAAGCCGCCGUCAUCGUACGCUCGGCCGAGUCGCGCAUGAGUCGGCGAAGCAUCGCCCGAGAGCGCGGCGGCGAGAGUCGGCUCCGAAUCGAGUCCCGGCGGCUCAGCGCGCCUCUCAACAACCUGAUGGGGCUGCGGCCGCUUGUCGCCCACCGGUCGGUCAAACAAAGCGUGGGAUAUUUUCUGUCGCAUGUCUCGUCCAACGGGCGCCGCGACAAUGCGACUUGUAGCCCGAGCAGCACCAAGGUAGCACCGGCCAUUGUCGUAGCGCCCAAGCCGCCACCGCCGGCGCGGUGUCCAUCCCUGCGCGCCGUCAAUUUUGCCACGAUCGAUGCCACCGCCCGUACCGUCGUCCGCCUCGACCGCCUUACGUUUGUGACCCCGGCGAUUGUUGCCGAGAUCAACCGCCGGCGGGGCAUGCGCAAGCAGCUCUUGGAUUUGCUACGCAGUGCCCAGUCGCUCCAGUCCGAGCCAAAUGCGAACAGCAACAAUGCUGUCGCCCCACAGGCGCGAACCCGCAACCUCUUGGACGAGGCGCUCACAAAGGCCGGGCACCUCGCAUCGUCCGCGCCCGAGUGUGCGAUCGCCGACUACGUCGCCCACGGGCUGCCCCCCGAGCUGCUCGCGUUCUUCGAUACGCAUGUGGCGCCCCGACUCUUGCAUGCGACAACGCCCGCGACGGCAAAGACCCAUGUAUUCACAUGGCUCUUCGCGUACGCCAAACAGCUAGUAGGUCUAAGACGAGGCUAAGAAAUCGACUCUACUCGU